AUGCCCGACAAAGUGGACCAGCCGACCAAACGACCCCGUCAUCGCGCCGGCCCGGAGCCGUCACGGUCUGGAAGCAUUCUCAGCCUCGUCGACAAGGAGACCGAUGCGCACCCCGCGCUGGACACAUCUCCCACUACCCCACACCCGUCACGUAUGUCUCCCACCUCGAGCCAGCGAUCAGCCAAGUUGAGGAAGACGCGGAAUAACUUAUUUACCCUGAAAGAGUUUCGCGGUGUCGAGGAGAACGUCAAACCCCCGCAGCAGCACAGGAAAGGGAAUGCUAAGCACGGCAAGAAACAUCCCGCCCUGACUCGGCCCCACGAUGCCCGCGAGGAACGCUUUACGGAGAAUGCCGCGGCGGAGAGGCGUUGUCGAGCUUCCUCGGAUGAUGGCGGCCUCUCCAUGGCCGACGGCUCGAAGCGUGCGCCCAAGCAUGAGGUGUUCCGGGGUCUGGAGGUUUCACCAUCACAGAAUCGCAAUCCUGGUAAAAGUGCACUGGCUCGUUCACCCGGUCGAAACGGCCUGGCUUCGCCUACGAGGUCAAGAGGCCAAUAUGAGUCACAGGGCAGUGACGACGAGUUGCAAGUCACAGUCGAGGUGCGCCGGGGUAAGAAAGUUACGGGAAAGGGCGAGAAUGAAAACCAGGUAGCCCUGGGGAAAGAGCACCGACAAUCGUCACCGGCCGAUAUCCAACACACCGUCUUUACUCCUUCCAAAACUAAGCGCGGAUUGAAGGGGAAGAAGCAGAAACGCACUACUAACAAAGUAGCCUCCAACUCAAAGUCCUUUGGGGUUGUUUAUGCCCGCUUUGGGCCUAUCGAGCAGCAUGCUGAUCAAAAAAAGGGUGUUGAGCUUCUCUUGGACCUGGAGCGAGGGGCUAUCUUGUUGCAUAACCAAAAUGACCCGGCAGAAUGCUUUGAGCUACCUUUGAGUAAAGUCACCAAGGCUACAGGGGGGCUUCCUCCGAGUGGCAAGAUCAGACUCUCAUUGUCUAAGAUGGAAGGGCUCGAUCAGAAGUUAGACCUGGAGCUAUCUUCAGCCGAAGAGAAAGAACGAUUCUCCGCUGGCCUAAGGGGUUGGAAUAUCGAGCCGUUGCUGCAGGAAGAGGAGUGGAUGGAGAAGCUUUUUCGCACUCACGAUAAGGAACUAAAACAACACCCUAAUGGACUCAAAAGACCGUUGCCUGCAGGUCCGCAGAAAAGCACUGAGAAGCCUGCGUCGCCGGUCAAAAGAAUGCGACUCUCAGACUCCCUGCAAGACGAAAGAGGAAACCCCACAGUCACCGCCCCGCGGGAGCUUCCCGCCCCCUCCAAUUCUGCAGCCAAGUCCUCCCCGUCUUCACCGGAUGUCAGUCCUCGUGCAUCCAAGCUAUCCUUCGCCUUGAGUGUGCAGAUCCCCAUAACGACCUAUACUUCUCCUACACUUUCAACGUCAAAUCGCCAGACUAGAGCCAUGUUACGUCACCUUCCAUCGACCACUAUCCUGAGUGAUGACGAGGACGAAGCGGACCAGUCAACCCAGUCGCAUUCUGAUGGGCCUGUGAAAAAGUGGCAUAAACCCCUUGUUUACCCACGAUUCGGGAAGAAAAAGGCCGAGGUCAACAUGCAAGACCGUGACCGACUCCGCAAAAACGAUGAGUUCCUGAACGACAAUCUCAUCGAGUUCUACAUCCGCUUUCUGCAGGAACACCUCAGUCGGACGAAUGAAGAGGUGGCCAAGAGAGUAUAUUUCUUCAAUUCCUUUUUCUACGACACUCUCAUGAAUGUGCCGCGGGGGAAGAAAGGCAUCAACUACGACGGCGUGCAGAAAUGGACCAGGAACGUUGACAUCUUCAACCACGAUUUCGUCGUCGUGCCCAUCAACGAACAUGCACAUUGGUAUGUUGCCAUCAUAUGCAAUUUACCGAAACUGCAGGACCUUGCCGAGCCGCAGGUUUUCGAUGAGCCACUGUCCAGCCAGGUGCAGUCGUCGGCUCGGUUGGACAGUCAGGUCCAAGAGAUACCGGAAACCCCUCCGCCUGAGGCUCCUCGCACUGAAGAAAAGGCUUCGACAGCUCGCGAUGCAGAGCCUGCGAAGGAAGAACAGACACGCCAUUCGUUGGCUUCAAUGAGCUUAGCCGAUGAGCCUCUCAAGAAUGCUUCCAGGGAGGGGACGCCGGCGGAGGAGUGGCCCGACCGCGAGGAGGUUUCCUCUAUUCCUGUGCCAGCCUUCUCCCAAGCUCAGGCGGAGCAGCCGUCGUCGCAGACAGCUUGUUUGCAGGACGCCGUUAAGACCUCGGAUUCUGCCAAGGCACCGCGAAAACAGGCGACGAAGCGGACGAGCAAAGUCGACGUCACCCAGCCUACCAUCAUCACCUUCGACUCGCUAGGCAUUACCCGCAGUCCUACCUCCCGGAUCCUGCGCGAGUACCUGUACGAGGAGGCGAAGUCCAAGAAAGGCGUCGAGAUCAACGCGAAGUCCAUUCGAGGUAUCACGGCUCAGAAGAUUCCGCUGCAGCCCAACUAUUCCGACUGUGGGUUGUAUCUCAUGGCGUACUUGGAGAAAUUCGUGCAGGACCCGGACACGUUUAUCCGGAAGAUACUCCAGAAGGAGGACGGCGACUGGCCACCGCUCAAGUCGGGACAUCUCCGCAAACGACUGCGCAAAUUCCUCGAUGCGUUGUAUGAUGAACAGGAGCAGAUGAGCAAACAGGAAAUUAGUGCCAAGGAGACCAUGGCGGAUCGCACGCCGAUCUGUUAUCUGUUGGGGUCGCCUGUGAAAGAAGCCAGAAAUCAGACUUCGAAGUCACCGUUCCGAGCGCCUGAGCCACAGCCAGAUCCAGAGUCACCGACGAAAGCUCGUGUGGCUCCGGCCUCCUCAAAGGAUAAUGCUCAGGGCAGCGAACAUAAGGAUGAGGCGGCUGGGGUGAAGGAUCACGAAGAGCAGGAGGCGGCCGACGAAGUUCGUCUGGUGACAUCUACAAAGGACGAGACAGUGCCGUCUGCUCCGCACCCGGCUCAUCAAGAAGUCAUCGAAGUACCGGACAGUCAAGAGCCGGCCGCAUCCUUGAAGGCCAAGUCGAAGACCACGAGGCCGUUGACCCCGGUUCCGUCGCCGGCCAAGGUUAGGUCGGAGGUCAGCAAGACGUAUACACCGCUUCAUCUGUCUGCCGCGGCCACGGAGUCUGAUAGCAGGACGUCUAACAAGGACGGUGGGGGUGUGCCAGACACGGUUGUUGAGACCCAGGUUCCCGGAACACCUUCGCAGUCGUUGCUUGUCAAAGACAGUCCGUCCAAGAAACGAUGAACUGCACGUUGCCGAAUAGCAUAUAUCUGGAAUUUCCUUUUGUUGUUUUGAUCUUGCAUUUCGAUCUCACUGGCGUUCGGGACAUUGUGGAAUACAUUUAGCAGUAGCAUAGAUACCAGAUACCAAGCUUGCUUGCAUUUGUGUGCGAUGUGGGGGUUUGGAGGGGGGGAGGCUUUAUUUGAGUGUUUGCGUGUAUAUGACUUAUGAUUAUGGUUCG